CAUCAGCUGUUUGAUAACUGGUACUGAAGAGCGGGUGCAGGACGUGGGCCGCAUUGUGUGUAAACUAUAUGAUUAUUCACUGCAGUUUUACAGCAUUUUAGAGCUACAAUUGAGCGUGAGCUUACAUUUGAAGAUGCCUCCUUCAGCCGGUAAAGUCUUAGUGAGAAAGACGUUAAGGGAAGUGCUGAUGGGUCGAGAGGACCCGGAGGGGUUUUUCGCGACGUGCGUGUCGGCUCUGGGGCACCAGGAGACCCGCUCACAGUUCCGGUCCCUCAUCCGGCCUCUGUGCACCGCCCACGGCCCCCUGCACUCCACCCUCACCUCCAUCUACGAGCAAUAUUUCACUGAGACUGAAGAUGAUGACCUGGGACUUGCACUAGCACUCUCUCUAAUGGAAAUGAAAGAUCACCAGCUGUCGACCCCGAGCCAAGAGUCCCGACUUCAUCAACCUGGAGGCAGACCGAAUCCACUGAUCUCUGUAUCUCAGCCACAGGGAAGCAGCCGCAUCCAGCCAGCAGAUGUAGUCGGCAGGAGAAAAACCCACAACUCAUCACAAACUGGACCCUGGGUGAAGGCGAACCCACCACAGACAAACCAGGAAGCUGUGCUUCAGAAAAGCACCCAUGUUGACAAAUAUGAAAAGGAGACACCAGGAACAAGUCAGACUGUGUGUGUCUCCGGACUGUCUUGCUCAAUUCCCAAGCACAACACAGUGGAAGAAAGUGACAAAAUGAUGGCCGAGGGAGAUUUGAAUCCAUCAGAGAAACCAAAACGCUCCAAGAACAGGCGCCAGCGGCGUAAAGGCGCCAGCCAGCAGGUUGUUGGUUUGCCCUGUUCUCCGUCGGCUCUGCCACCGGUUCUGCUGUGGUUCAGGAGGGACCUGCGACUCGGGGACAACCCUGCUCUCAUUGGCUCGUUGGAGGUCGGUGCACCUGUCAUCCCUGUCUUCAUCUGGAGCCCCGAGGAGGAGGAGGGACCUGGGAUUACAGUGGCUAUGGGGGGAGCAUGUAAAUACUGGCUUCAUCAAGCUUUGUCUUGUUUCUCUUCAUCUCUGGAGUGCAUUGGCAGCCAUCUUGUGUUUUUCGAGGCGAAUGGAUCUUCUUUGCAUACCCUUAAGGAGCUAGUAAAGGAGACUGGGGCGAGAACUGUCUUGGCUAACGCCCUCUAUGAACCUUGGCUGAAGGAGAGGGAUGAUGUGGUGGUGUCAGCCCUUCAGAAAGAUGCUGUUGAGUGCAGAAUGUUCCACUCGUACUGUGUCAGAGACCCUUACUCUGUCAGCACGGAGGGUGUUGGACUCAGAGGAAUAGGUUCAGUGUCUCACUUCAUGGACUGCUGUAGACAGAACCCAGGGUCUGCAUUAGGGGGGCCCCUGGACCCUCCUGUAUCUCUCCCCACACCUGCCCACUGGCCUCAGGGUGUUUCAUUGGGCACACUAGGCCUGGCACGCAUGCCCCGCAGGAAGGAUGGCACAACGAUUGACUGGGCAGCUAACAUCCGUAACUCUUGGGAUUUCAGUGAGGAAGGCGCGUGUGCCCAGCUGGAGGCCUUUCUGAAUGAUGGUGUGUAUAGAUAUGAAAAAGAGUCCAGCAGGGCAGAUGCCCCAAAUACCAGCUGUCUGUCUCCCUACCUUCACUUUGGUCAGCUCAGCCCACGCUGGCUAUUGUGGGAUGCCAAAGGGGCCCGCUGUCGACCCCCAAAGUUCCAACGCAAACUGGCGUGGAGAGAUUUGGCUUACUGGCAGCUGACAUUGUUUCCUGACCUCCCCUGGGAAUCCCUCAGACCUCCAUACAAGGCUCUGCGGUGGAGCAGUGAUCGUGGCCACCUGAAGGCCUGGCAGCGGGGGCAAACAGGCUACCCUCUGGUGGACGCAGCUAUGAGGCAGCUGUGGCUGACAGGCUGGAUGAACAACUACAUGAGACAUGUGGUGGCGUCUUUUCUAAUAGCAUAUCUCUAUCUGCCCUGGCAAGAAGGUUAUCGCUGGUUCCAGGACACCCUAGUGGAUGCUGAUGUUGCCAUCGAUGCUAUGAUGUGGCAGAAUGGGGGCAUGUGUGGUCUGGAUCACUGGAACUUUGUUAUGCACCCCGUCGAUGCAGCAAUGACCUGUGACCCCUAUGGCAGCCAUGUUAGGAAAUGGUGUCCUGAACUUGCAGAUUUGCCUGAUGACCUUAUUCACAAACCCUGGAAAUGUCCCGCAUCCAUGCUUCGACGUGCAGGUGUGGUCUUUGGCCAGACAUACGCCGAGCGAAUAGUUACAGACCUGGAGGAGCGGAGGAGUCAUUCCCUGCAAGAUGUGGCUCUGGUGCGAAAAGAGUUUGGCCGGUACGUGGACAAGCAAUCAGGCUGCGACUUGGUGCCUCUGCCCCCACGCCUUGUCUCUGAGGCUCUAGGCUUAUCCCACAGGGAUGGCGGUGUGGUAACAGAAGGGAAGCACUUCCUGUUACCGGUUAUCACCCGCAUGGAAUUCAAACACCAGCUGGAAGAUCCAGAUGCCACCUCAAAUCCUUACAACGCGGUUCUAAAAGGAUAUGUGAGUCGCAAGAGGGAUGAGACCAUUGCCUUCCUUAAUGAGAGAGACUUUACUGCCAGUGUGAUGUACGAGGGAGUUCAGAGAAAGGAGAGGCUGGAGAGCAAUUAUCGCAGAAUCGAGGGACUCCCUCAGCCUCCUGCACCUCGGGGCAGGGCCAGACGAACUCCAACAGCCAAGGACAGGUUUCCUGUGGUACCUAGUGGGUCGGUCUCCUCAGUCAGGUGACCCAGAGAUCAAGAUGGAAAGUUAAGUUCUAAGUGACCAGACACUAACUAGCUGUAACAUGCACAAGUACAACAUGUUACAGAACAAUAGUCUUUAAGUGUAAAGAUGAGGAAAGAACAAAUUCUACACUGGACUGUAGACUGUGGAUAAGGAGUAAAAUGUGUUGACCGUUUGCAGAAGGCGCAUUCGAAACAUUUAGUGUUCAGCAAAGUCACACGAAUCUGAGGUAUGUUACACAAAAAAAUAUACAUUGUAUCGUUUUAGUCUUUAGUGGGGGAAAAAAAAGCAUUUGGAGUCAUCUUAAAUGAGUCUAUUUAGAGUGUUUUGAAAAUGUAUAUUUAGUCAUAAGUGUGUGCAUCAAAAUUAUGUGAUGCUCUGACUGUCAACCUGUUCAAUACCUGUAAUGUCAAAGAUCUUGUGUAGUCACAUGUGACACUACAAGACAAGUAGUCAUUUUAUUAAAAAACCUACUCCAAAUCUUUGGGAUUUAAUAAAAGAAAACAAUGUC